AUGGUAACAGUUCGUGAAGAAACUCAAGGUGAACAUUUGGGUCCGGUCUUUCUUGAUGCUGUUUUGUCGCAAAAGAAACGGAAAGUUCUUUUGACAACGUUUACAUCCUCUGCCUCCCUCAUCCUAUCAUGGCCAUUUCCUCUCAUUAUUCUCUGCUUCCAGACCAAUCAGCGUCUCAUUUUCGAUCCUCGUAUCUAUGCGGCUCUUACGAUUGCAUAUCUUCUUUCUGGCUGCCUUAAGCGUCUUCUUUUGAAACGCUUUGUUUCGCCGAGUUUUUUCAAUGCGAUCACUCCAGCUAUUUUGGGGCUAAUUGGCAAUGGAGUUUUUAUGACGGCAUUAUAUAAAAGUGAUAGUUGGAACUGGGUCUCUGUCUUUUUUAUGUUUGCCAGUCGACUGAUUUUUGGUUGGUCCACUUACUCAGCAGAGGACUACAAUCGACGAGCAAGAAAUGAAGCCAAGUCAAAAAGAGAAGGUGAGAAAAUCAGAGAGCGUGUAGGGGACAUGGUGCCUGAUCUGCAGGAUGCAGCUUUUCAUAUUGGCGUUCUUGUUGCUCUGGUGAUUUGCUUUAUCCUUGAAGUUUGUUUACGAUAUAUGGGUUCGCAACUUGCCGAAUUCUACUCCAUGUUGAUCUUGUCAUCGUUCUCUGUAGUCUUGUCAUUUAUUUCUGUCCCAAGUCUCCAUGCUGCUGUAAAUAAACUGGUAAAGUUGCGAACACAUCAAGAUGAUGAUGGCCACCCGGAAAUCGGGUCGCAAGCUCAACCAAACCGCUCAGGUGGCAGCACAGGUGGGAGGCCCUGUCCACAUGCCGGUAACGAUAGUCGUAAUGUGGAAGUACGAAGACGUGUGAUUUCCUGGUCACUGACGGUUCGUGAAAACUAUUUAAUUAGCACCAUCUUUUCUUCUUUCCGUCGCCAUCAUCCGCCAGGUCAGCUUGCCAUGACCCUUUUCUCCGCACUUCUCACAAGCGCUACGAUCCUAUUUGACUAUCUGCUUCUCCCCUAUUCCAUUAUUUACCUCAAAAGAGCCCUCUUCUCAUUAACACUCGAUUAUUUUCCUUUCCCUGACCUUAUUUUCGUCUAUGCCACUCUCUUCAUCUCAGAAUUGGUCUCUCGAACUCUAAUCCUCAAAUAUUCCUCGUUUGCACGACGAACAAUUCGUUUAGCAGACUCAAGUCUAAUUGGUGUGCUAAUCGCGAUUUCCUCGAUCUUCAUUUUUGUGCCUGUGGUACUCUACCUAGUUUUUAUGGUGGACAUCGGGACAGCGAAUAGCGUCUGUGGUGUUUAUCUCUUCGGGCUUUGCGUGGUGGAAGGCUUACUCAAAGCAGCUCAUUCUCUAUUCGGGGGCAUACUCUUCACAAAAUACUGUGAUGAGCUGUCAAUUGUACCCCGAAGUGUAGCAGAAACAGGCGAGCAGUUGUUGGGUGUCGCGAGAUGCUUUUUCUCAACCCUGGUGUUCACCAUUGGAGGCAUUGUCCUGUACUACGAGCGCUUCGCGGCAACCAUGGUUAUGGUUUCCGUUGUGCAGUGCUUGGCACUCUCUGUCGCUAUUUUCGGAUUCGCUGAAGUUUUUACUUGUGAAAAAGCCCUUCGGGUCCGCAUUGAACUCCCAGAUUAG